AAAGAACCUUGAACCUUGAAGCGGAUUCCACACACAAGGUGGUAUUUCCGGUAAUGUCCAGAAGUAGGCAGUAGAGUGACAUGUAGUAAAAUACCAGCUGAAGUUUAGCCUCAGUGAAGAAGACCUUUGCUACAGGAAAAGCAUGAUGGCGCGGGAUGUGUGUUGUUUCUUCGCCUCUCUGCACUGCGGGACCCGGAGGUAACAGCGGUGUCACCGCGGGGCUCAAGCCGAGAAACAGUGACACACUGACGGUUGAUAAGAGACGCGUCGUUGUGGUUGAGAAACCAACAAUGGAAGAGGACCUGACUCGGAAGGAGGCAGCUCGCCCGCCGAGGAGGGCGUCUGCCGCUGCGGCGGAGGUUAGAGCUAACGAUAGCCUGCAAGAUGGCGAGGUUUACCCGGCCUGGGAAAGUCAAGCCGGUCCGGAGAGAUUCGGUGCUGCUGCCGGGAGGGCGGAGCGGAGGAGCUGUGCACCGCUGGCGGUUCACCACCGGCACAUGCCGAUGGGGCUCCUCAAUAUACCCAUACCGAGGAAAAAGGAAAACAGAGCCCUGUUCCAGGAUGUCUCCACUGAGUCCAGGGAGUACGAAGACAUGAUGACCAUCCUGACCUCCAGCUACAUCGACACCGGCUCGGCUGGCUGCUUCACCUACUGCAAACCCCUGCUGGUGCACAGCGAGCUGCUGGAGAGGGAGUUUGUGGAGAAGAGAAAGGAGAUGAAGGCUGAUGGAAGGACGGACAAGGAGCUGGAGGAGAGCUACUGCUUCAUGUUGGCUGAAAAUGCUAAACUGCCUGCGCUGUGUGAGAAGGGGCUGCAGGUGGGUCAGUGUUGGAUCACAGUGCUGGGAAACCCCACCAAAGGAGUGUAUCUGUCCAAAUAUUCAGACCUGCUUCAAGUCAACCCCAUAAAUCCUGGGUUCACAGGGGAUAUCGUCAUCUUCAAAGUGAUGAAGGGUAAAGUGAAGAGCAUCUAUGAAAACAUGAAAAACCUUUUAGAUCCAACGCCUCGCUUCGACAGCCACACCUCCAAGAACGCCAGCAAAGUCACAUCGCUCUCCUCCUACCGCGCCUUGGAACUCACACAGCAAUACUUCUACGAGUAUUCCUUUGACGAGCUGCGGCCACGCCCUCGUCAGGUCUGUCCGUACGCCGUCAUCUCCUUCCUGUUUAAAGGAAAAGACUCUUCACUUCCCAGCAAACCUCUGGCCCCCAUCAGGUUGAACAGUCAGUCAGCAGAGGCCAGUAAAGAGCGCGCUCAGUUCACAGUGUGGGGCGGAGAUCUGGUGAAAGGUGACCGGCUUCUCUUCCAGAUAUCCCUCCGCUGCUUCUCUCCUCCCUUACUGCCCCACAGACUACCGGAGAAGUUGGAAAUGGGUUGUGUAAUGACGCUGGAGCAGCUGACCAGGUACCUGCCCUCUGACCUGCUCUCCUACAACCUGUACAGCAGCAGCCACCAAGUUGUGAAUAGCGGUCAUUGCUGCAGUCUUCUGGAGGUGACAGACAGAAAUCGGUCUACAACCAGCGUGACCAUACUGCUUCAGGAGCUGGAGACGAAGAGAGUGGUUCUGGUGACUGCACUGUCAGACAGAGGCUUUCUCCUCCUGUUAUCCAGUGUUCAGAUGGCCACGCCCCCAGAGAGAGAAGAGAACUGGAAGAGAAGUCUCCAGGCGUUGUUUGUCUUCCCAGAGUCCAGAGAUCUGUCUAAAUCCACAUUCAGGGGUGCCUCCUCGUCCCAUAAUGCAUCACAGUCUGGUAGCCCGGUGAUGCCACGGCUCUCACAGUUUAUUCCAGCGCUGCACCACGCUCUGGUGAAGGCCCGCGCCAACCACCCCCCCGAGCUGUCUGCAGGCGUGGAACACCUCACACGGGAAUACCUUAUCGGCCUGACCGAUGGGAAGGUUCGACAGUACCCGAUGGGCGAGUACGACUCCAAACUGGAUGAGUGCAGGAAGCUGUUUCCUGCUCCCAAACAACACCGGGUGAACAUGGAGGGCUACCUGCGCUCCUACCUGUACACCCCCGCCCUGCACCUGCUGUCUGUGGCCCGGGCUAAACAGAUGGUGGAGGCGCACUGCAGCCCCGAGGAGCCUCAGGAGGCCAAGUUCAGGAGGAGCCUUGGAGGCCACAGAGAGGUGAUAGGGAAGGAGGCGACCAGCAACUCUCGAGAGGGACAGACCAACACUCAGAAGAUGCAGCAGAUGGUCGACCUGGUUCUGACCUGCAAGAGAAAAGCAGAGACUGUGGUGAGAAAGGAGGGAGGAGAAGGAGGCGUGAAGGUACACGGGAGGAAGAGGAAAAUGGAACGGGAGACGGCAGAGAGGACACUAAAGUUCCUGAAGGCAUCACAGGAACCCGGAAGACACAGCAAGUUUCCCGUUGAGGGAAGCCAUGUUCCCGCCCCCCCUGGCUCUCUUGCGUCUGUGAUUGGUUCGGUAGGUUUGAAGGACGUUGAUCUGAGGGAAGAUGGAUCUGAAUUAGCUACUAGACUACUCUCGAUGCUAAAAGGCCUCACACAGGCAGCAAGAGGAACAUCCAAUCAGAGUGAAGUACAGGAGGCGGUGCAGAAGACACCCUAUCCCUUUGAUAGGCUGGCCACCGAACUGGGUCUGCCCACCUACUGUGACAUCGACCUGAGGGAUCAGGAGGAGCUGGAGGAGCAGACAAUCGGCAGCAUCAGUAGUUCGGAGGGAUUCAGUCCCGGCUCCCACAGCGGGGAGGGGAAUCACCACGGAGCAGCAGGAAGAGGAGGGGGGCUCGGGAAGAGGGCAGGGGGAUAUGAAGAGGAAGAGGAGGAACAGGACAAGAUCCCGUGGGUUCUCAUCCCUAUUACAGGGCUAAGUUCUUCACGGUACACCCACAGAGACAGAAAACUCCCUCAGGACCCUCGCUUCCAUCACCUCACCACGGCAACGAGGAUCACCACAACCAGCAAACCCCCCAGGCAGAGCCCCUCCCCGUCUCCCAGGCAAAGCACUCCUCCCUCCCCCCUCCGAUGCGCAUCCCCAGCCCAGCCCUCCUCACUCCAGCUCCCUGUGCCCGUCACCAGACCCCAGCCCCCCCCCCUUCCCCCUCCCAGUGCCCGUCUCCAGAGCCCAGUCCGCCCGCCUCCCCGUCUCAAUGCCCGUCCCCGGAGCCCAGCCCUCCCCCCUCUCCCCCAAAAUGCCCCUCUCCACAACGCAGACCUACACAACGUCUGGACCCUCGUCUCCUUGGCCGCCCCCCCCCUCCCCUCCUGGUGCCAGCCAGCGGAGCCUAAUGACCUCAGCCAGUUUAACAGCAACCACAGAUGUGCUAACGUGGAGCCGAUCGCCCACCCCCCCUCCAGGGAAUCUGCAGGGCCGUAUAAGGACAGAGAAAAGACACCUCAGGGAAAGGAAAAGAAGAAUGAAGAGCCAUUUAUUUCUGCAUCCAUCCAGCCAUCUGUACCUCCAGCACCAGAGAGGAGGAGGAGCCCGUCACCACCCCCAACUCAGCCGGAUGGAGAAGGGGAAGUGAAGGAAGUACAGGCAGACGUUUCAGAGGAGGUAGAAACAGUUAAUAUUCUCAAGAAGCGAGUGAAAGAAGACCAGGAGGAGGAGGAGGAGGAAUGUAUGGAUGUGGAAGUGGAAGUGGGGGAAGUGAAGGACCUUGUAGGUGGCUCUUUGUUUUCUCCACACGUCUCCGUACCUCCUACUUGUCUUGACAGCAUCGUUGACAGCGUCGUUGAAAAACAGCUGGGCGACUUCUCCUCUGAGAUACAGCUCCUCCUGCAGAAACAGAGCAUUCAUUACAGCUUCCCACAAUCCCCACAUUCCACCUCCAACACAGAAACCUCCGCACCUCAACACACACUCCCACACGCCUCAAUAUCUCAGUUUUCACAGUAUGUGUCUUUCUACAACCCCUGCCCCCCAGUACAGGACGACGUUAGCUCACUAAGGCACGGCAUCAACAGCAUGCUAACUGAGUUUGAAGACACCUGCCCGAGCCACGAACCCGGCAGCAGCAGGACUAAUGUGGAUGACACACUAGCAAGCAGAGUUAGUGAGUUUGUGUCCAGCAUCAGAGCAUCUAAAGCUCCAACGAGUAGAGAAGAUGACGGUAUCUUUGGUGAACUGACAGCCGCUGACGUCAGUACCAACCCUGCACUCUCCAGAGGAAGUGAUCCGUGGCAGCAGCACACAAUCCCUAAGCAUGUUCCCGAUGCUACAGGCAACAUCAGUCCCAUGUUGCCGUCUCACGUCUCUUCAUCUGUUACUACCUCUCAGUCUGAUUCUGCCUACAAGCCGGCUAACACUUCUGUCCUCAUUCCUGCUCCUAACAAGCCCCCACACUCCCACUGGAAACAGCAGAGUCACAGUUUAGAGAUCAAUAGAACUCAUAACAUCAGACAAACACAAGAGGACUGGACUGAGCACUGUAGUGGUGAGAUGGGGGGGAGAGGUCUUGCAGGUACAAAGUACCAGGGGAGUUUGCCAGGGUUCAGCUGUGUCUCUGAGCCAGUCUCUGCCUCCGUCCCCGGGCCCACCCCCACCCCCCCGGCCUCAGCACUGAGCUCCCUGAUCAGCCAGCUGCAGCCGGAAGUUUUUAACAGUCUGGUGAAGAUCAUCAAAGAAGUGAAGAGAAACUCCCUGCAGUUCUACCUCCACAGCAUCGAGCCGGGGGACCAGGUCCAUCAAGAGGUCAAGGCAAACCUGUUGAAGCAGGGGAACGCGGAGCAGAGUCCGAUGGCUUUUCUGAACCAAGAGAAUGCUGCAGACAGAUUGCUGGUGGUCAUUCAGAACCAAGACAUAGCUGGACACAUUCACAAGAUCCCAGGUCUAGUGUCUCUGAAGCGUCUAGACUCUGUGGUGUUUGUGGGGAUCGAUACUCUGGACGACAUCAAGAAUAACAGCUACAACGAGCUUUUUGUUUCUGGAGGAUGCAUCAUUUCCGACGAGUUAAUCCUCAAUCCAGACUUCAUCACUCACGAUCGACUGACGGCACUGCUGAUGCUCCUGGAGCAGAACAGUUCUCCAGAGAGCGGCUGGAGGCUGAAGGUUCACUCUAAAACCCACAAGAAAUUAAAAGAACAAUCCAGAUUCCGGAGAGAUGCAGCCAACCUACUGGACGUACUGUCAGCCUAUCAGAAGCGGCAGAUUGUUGAGUUUCUCCCGUAUCAUAACUGCGACAUGAUGAACCUUCAGUCACCCGACCUGGUCUGUCUGCUGGAACUCCAGGCCCGAUACACACAGUUCCGACACACAGUCUUCCUCACUGAUCAUCAAUUUGAGAAGUUCCCUGACCACUCAAAUAGUGGCAUCAUCGUGGCCAGUUUUGAAGAAAUCCUGCACGACUUCGGCAGACUGGUUGGUCACCAUGACAUCAAGAAAAGGCAGCCAAUCAUAGAUGACGUGCUGUCUCCCAAAGAACACAUCCCUUCCCUCUCCUCUCAUGAUCAACCCCAACAUCUCCACCAGCAGCCCGACUCCGUCCCCCCUGCUCUAUCUCAUCUGUCAGACCAGCUUGUUCCAGAUGCUUCCUGUAAGGAAGGAGUGCCGCUCCACUCAGAAACAGACUACGAGGUUCUCCGACGAGCCAUCUCACAGUUACGAGCCGAGCGCCAAUUGGCCUCUCAGGCAGAGCUAAGCCUCCACUCCCUGAAGAACUUCCCUUUCAAUGUUGUUCCUACAGGUAGCGGUCCCACCUCCCCUCCUCUAGCUCAGAAAAGUCUCACCGAUUCAGUCCAGGUCACUCAGGACAGAAAAGCAGUGGCAGCCACUUUGGAGUUAAUCCACUCAGCAUUAAAGCAGGAGACGAUGGAGGAGGAGAAGAGGCAAGGCGGGGCAGCGACUCUCACUGAGGGACAGAGGAGGGGAGGAGGAGAGGCUGGAGGUCACAGAGAUGAUCCUCCAGUAAGAGUGGUGGGAGCACUGGGAGGAAGUCAAGAUCCCAGGAAUACUGACACGUCUACCCCUUCGUCCAAUCAAAGCAAAGCUGUAGUGACAGGACUGAGUUCCCAGACGCACUCAACUAAUGAUGGGAAAGAGAAAGCUGAUCAGCAAGGAGAGCCUUUAUUUCCCGAAGCAGCGAUAAGUUCUGCAGCCUCUUCCAGUACCACAGCCUGUCCUGUAGAAGGCGACCAAUCAAGAGACGUGGUUCAGGAACAACCAAUAAGAGGAGAUGCAGCACCAACUGGCACUGCCAGUGUCACCAAGGCCAUAACUCGAGGGGAAGACGGGCUUGACCAUGACACAACCCAGGCAUCUUCUACCACAUGUUCCCAGAAGGAAAUGGAUUUUACACAAUCUGGAAACACAAGCAACUGCGCCAUUGUCACAGUUGGGAUGGAGUUUUCCAAGAAGUUCCCCCACUCCUGUUCAGCAAGACCCAGCGAAAAGCCCAAGCGAAAGCCUCGUACUAGGUCCCGCUAUAGGCCCUCCCCCCCUGUUCAGCACGGCCAUGCUGAAAGCUCCCCCCUCCUGCUCAGCCCGGACUGGCCGAGUGCACUGCCAGAAGACAUCCCCUUCUGCUCACAAAGGCUGAGCCAGAGCUUGCAGCUCUACAGCCACACAGGAAAAAAAUACAGCUAUAAGGAGCUUUCAAAUCCCAUGGUUUGGAAGAAAAUCACCUACGCCAGACCGGGAUGGACACCAGAAUUCCCCCCAUUCCUCAAGCCGGGCAACCAGUAUUUGGAACUCAAAGCUAACAGUAUGGUUGUCUUUACCAGCAUGGCACCGCCACAUGGAAAAGGUCCAAAUAGGUUGGCCUCUGGAGUGACCUGUUAUGACCACAAAGAAGGCCCAUGGUGCGAGGUCCAGUCCCAGGACGGGGCCAGGAUCUGUAUCCUUGCUGUGUCUCCACAACACACCUCUACACCAAUUGCAAGGAUCACACCCCAAGUGAGGAAGGGACCCCCAGGGCAGAAUGUGAAAGAAGAGACGGUGUUAGAAGACAGCUCAGAGCAAGAGAGCAUUAUGCCGGUGCUCCCUACAUGAGCCAGGAAAAGGAGUCCACACUUUAAAGACUCACAUGAUGGAAAAACCUAAUAUUAACUUUUCUUUAAAAAAUGGACACCUCGCUUUUGUAAAUGUUUUACUACAUAACCAAUGACAAUUUGAUAUUCAGCGAUUAAUCAAUGUAUUAAUUCAGUCAGUAUUUGUAACCAUGUAUAUAUGAUAACAUGCCCUAUCAUUUGGUGUGUUUUGUACACUGAACAAAAAUAGUCCCCUUUUCCUCAUGCGAGUUGCGCACCCAACACUGCAAAGACCACGGCCAAUGGCCAUCUAGCACAUAUGUUCUGCAUCGGCAUGAGAGGAAAUAACUCCUUACCCGCAGGCGGUGGCACACAGUAUUUAUCAUUUAUAAAGGGAAACCAGAACAGCCAAGAAUGCAGAUGUCCAAGCCCUUGUUUUGCAACAGAUAUUAAUACAAAGCAGUUUGCCAACCAUUUUUACACCGGUUCACUUGAUUUGCAGAUGUCAAUGUGAAAAUAAUGAAAUAUAGAAUGAUCAGAUGAGAUGAGGAUUUCAUUUCAUUUCAAACCUUUAUUUAUCCAGGUUGUAUCCCAUUGAGAUCAUUGACCUCUUUUUCAAGGGAGACCUGCUCAAGUAGGUUC